AUGCUAUCUCUCUGGGUCGGAGUUCUCUUCAUUUGUGGGUAUAUUGUCGUCCGCGGACUCCUCUCACCCUUGUCUACAAUCCCGGGUCCGUGGUAUACUCGAUUUACAAGUCUGUGGCUUAAGUAUCAAGAGUUUACUGCGAAUCGAAGAGAAUCAAUCCACCGUUUGCACAAGAUAUACGGUCCUGUCGUCCGACUGAGUCCCAAUGAAGUAUCCUUCACUAGCUUGGAUGCAAUUAAAGAGAUCUAUGCUUCGGGGGGCAGCGGGUAUGACAAAACCGAGUACUAUGAUCUUUUCAGGCAGUUCAAGAUAAAGACUAUGUUCUCUACUUUAUUAAAAGACGAGCAUAGCAAAAGAAAACGUAUCUUUGCCGACAGAUAUGCCAUGACCAAUAUCAUGAAAGAAAAACCCAUGACUGCUAUCCACGAACGAGCUACAGUAUUUGUAUCUAAGUGCGUCAAGGCUGACCAAAAGAGUGUGGACAUCUACUCUUUGCUUCACUGCUAUGCCCUGGACUGUGUUACCCAUUUCAUGUUCAGCCCCGGCGGUCUUAAAUCACUCGACAUAGCCAAAGACUUCGAUAUCAUGCAUGAACUGACUUAUCACCAAAGUCUUCAGAAAUACUACCUUCCUUCAUUGGCACCUUAUUUCCCGAAAUUUCUCCACGCCCGCAGCGCCCCAAAAGCAAAUCAAUACGUCCUCGACAUAGCCUCCCAGACUGAGCUCGACGACCAUUCCCUACUGGAAAAGCUCAAACGCAAAGAAUCCAAGCUCCAACUAAUGCAAGCCGCCGCAGAAUGCAAAGACCACAUGGCCGCUGGCAUCGACACAACAGGCGAUGGUCUGUGUUUCUUAAUGUGGGAGCUCUCACAGCCUGAGAACCUCUCUUUCCAGCAGAGUCUUUACAAUGAGCUUAACGCUGCGCCGGCCAAUGCACCCUUGGAUAGUUACGUGUACCUCGACGCUAUCAUUAAAGAGGCGCUGCGAUGUGCGCCACCCAUUCCGAUGUCACUGCCUCGCUACGUGCCUGCUGGUGGAAGGGAAAUCGAUGGGUAUAUCGUCCCAGAGCAUACUAUUGUUAGUUGUCAGCCUUAUUCAGUGCAUCGGAUGAAUGAUAGUGUCUUCCCUGAGCCUGAUCGGUUCAAUCCUGAGCGGUGGCUUGUUGAGCAUGGGGCUGCUGAGCGGAACAGGCUAUUCUUUUCCUUUGCCACGGGUGGGAGGGGUUGUACAGGUAAAAAUCUUGCGCUGGUCGAAAUGAAGAUGCUGCUUCGGGAAGUGUAUUCUCGUUAUCGGACGACUGUGGCUUUGGAUAUGACUGCCUCAAUGAAGCUGGAUGAUCAAAUUAUCUCUUCGAGGCCCCAAGGACAGAGCUGUAGGCUAGUUUUUACGGCCAUAGAGUGA